GAGUCUCUCUCUCUGUCUUUCCUGGAGCCAAGGAUUAAACCCUGCCCGGGGACCGGCAGCAGCCGGUUCAGCACAUGAGCAGGGAAGGAAGAAAAACAGUUGAAGAGAGGAGAAGAGCGAAAGCUGGCUGCGAGAAGGAAUGAGAAGCCCGGUGGGGAGAGGAUCAGCUGGUACAACAAAACCGUCGAAUCAACCAUCAAGCGGAGAGAAAAGAAGCUGGAAUGAGAGAGCAGCCUGGCAUAGAACGAUCCGUGUACCAACUCUGAGCCAGAAGGAAGAUCUAGGAAAAUCUUUUGAAAACAAGCGCUACUGAUCAGGAAAAAAAAACCUCUGAUAGUGGGUGUGGGAAGCUGAACAAACAAGAUCAAACCAGUCUGUUUCCCCUGAGCUGUUGUGUGGUUCUCCUCCUUCGCUUCAGGGGAAUAUACCGAAGACACGCCACAAGCAACGUGAGAGAGGUAUCCCACGCCGCCUGCACCUGCGAUUUUGGAAGUACUUACUGCAUGUGAGAGAAGGUCAAUUUGGCAUCAAAACCAACGAAAGGGUAGUAACACCCAAACCAAAGCUGGCAGAGAGACUUAACUCAGUUCUGACAAAGGUCGGUGUUAGAACCAAAACAAGUCCAGCAUUUCCUGGUACUUAGAACCGAGAGAUAAGGGAGAUACAACGAACUUGGUUCUAGAGGAGGGAGACCGGAUCUGGCCAUCCUCUGAAACACGGACACCUUGGUUCUGAAGGGACAAGCCCCGCAUCAGAACAGUUUCAGAUAGAGGCUGAAAUCAGAGGUCCCAAACUGGACUGACAGAACAAGACUGGGAACGGAUAUAAUUCGGAGUUGGAAAGCUUGCAGAAGUCCCUUUCCACAAGGUUCAAGCCCCUAAGUGGACCAGCAGACACAGAACGAAUCCAGAGUUGCUCCAGUUCUAGGAGAGCCGUCCACAACCCCUAACCCAGAGUUAUUUGGGUUCAUCAUUGAUAACGCAGUUCAACCCUUGCGAGACAGAACACUAUGGAAGAUGGAGCACGUCAUCGAGGUGGUUCUGAAAAAGGUCCUGCUAGCCCAGAUAAAACAGAAGGAGGUGGUGUUGCGCUAAAGAAAGAGAUUGGGCUGAUAAGCGCAUGUGGCAUUAUAGUGGGUAACAUCAUUGGAUCAGGAAUCUUUGUGUCACCAAAGGGCGUGUUGGAGAAUGCAGGCUCUGUAGGGCUGGCCCUAAUCGUGUGGAUUGUAACUGGUCUCAUCACAGCUGUGGGGGCUCUGUGCUAUGCAGAAUUGGGAGUCACUAUCCCCAAAUCUGGAGGUGACUAUUCCUAUGUCAAGGACAUCUUUGGGGGACUAGCUGGGUUCCUGCGUUUAUGGAUUGCUGUGCUGGUGAUCUACCCCACCAAUCAGGCUGUUAUUGCUCUCACCUUCUCAAACUAUGUAUUGCAGCCACUCUUCCCCACCUGCCUCCCCCCAGAAACUGGACUGCGGCUGCUAGCUGGGGUCUGCCUUUUAUUGCUGACUUGGGUGAACUGUGCCAGCGUGCGCUGGGCCACACGCGUCCAGGAUAUCUUCACGGCGGGGAAACUGCUGGCGCUGGGACUUAUCAUUGUUAUGGGAAUCGUACAGAUCUGCAAAGGUGAAUACUUCUGGCUGGAGCCAAAACAUGCCUUUGAGUUCUUCCAGACACCAGAUGUGGGAUUGGUUGCACUGUCUUUCUUACAGGGCUCUUUUGCCUACGGCGGCUGGAACUUCCUCAACUAUGUCACUGAAGAGCUAGUCGACCCUUACAAGAACCUGCCUCGAGCCAUCUUCAUCUCCAUUCCCCUGGUCACCUUUGUCUACGUCUUCGCCAAUGUGGCUUAUGUCACUGCCAUGUCACCCCAGGAGUUGCUGGCCUCCAAUGCUGUCGCAGUGACAUUUGGAGAGAAACUGUUAGGAGUCAUGGCAUGGAUCAUGCCCAUCUCUGUUGCCCUUUCCACUUUUGGAGGAGUCAAUGGAUCACUCUUCACUUCCUCUAGACUUUUUUUUGCUGGAGCCCGGGAGGGCCAUCUACCUAGCGUAUUGGCUAUGAUCCAUGUGCGGCGCUGCACUCCUAUACCUGCUCUACUCUUCACUUGCCUUUCAACAUUGCUUAUGCUGGUGACAAGUGAUAUAUAUACUCUGAUCAAUUAUGUGGGCUUCAUCAACUACCUCUUCUAUGGGGUGACUGUAGCUGGGCAAGUUGUGCUCCGCUGGCGGGAACCUCAUAGACACCGUCCCAUCAAGGUGAGCCUGUUCUUCCCCAUAAUUUACCUGCUGUUCUGGGCCUUCCUGUUGGUGUUCAGCUUAUGGUCAGAACCUGUGGUGUGUGGCAUUGGGCUGGCCAUCAUGCUGACGGGCGUCCCAGUCUACUUCCUGGGUGUGCACUGGGAGCAUAAACCACCCGCCAUCAACACAUUUAUUGAUGUAGUGACUCGGGCAGGACAGAAGCUUUGUGUGGUUGUGUACCCCCAGAUGGAUGCAGGAGAACCUAAAGCCAACCUCACCAAAGAGACCAAAGAGCAGCUUGAACCAAUGUGUGGAACUGAAGACUCCAAUAGUUCUCAGAAAUGAGCCUUUUUUGGUGGCUGGGGGUAGAAGCAGCACCCAGCCAUGGACUGCACAGUACAAUUGUUAGGCCUAAAAUAAAUGGGAGCUCUGUGCACAAUAAGUGCUCCCUUCCUGCUCCCUAUAGUACCACAUGCUGAGACUGCAAUAGCUGGGAAUGCCUCACUAGUGCCCCGCCCAGCCUCCUAUUGUAAACCCCUGCUGGGUCUGGAGUAGCCACACCUACCAUUCCCCACGUGCAGUGCCCCCUGCUGGAGCUGGAAAAGAGAGGAGCUCCCCUCACAGCCAGCGGCCCCACACCCACAUCCCUGACACACCCUGCUGGUAGGGGCUCCCUUGUUGUUGUUGCCUUAUUUUGUUGGGAAUAUUUUCUUUGGGUUUGAACCUCGUUUGGGGGAGAGAAUCAUCUCCCUUGGUUUUUGUGUCCUUGUAUUUUUCAUAUUUCUCUCUCUCUUUUUUGAUGUAAUAAAUUAAACUAAACUUGC